UUGAUCUCCCGUUUCUGUGUUUGUCAAAUUGUUUAGCUAGCUUGCGUUAGCCAGCUAGUGAUAUCCAAAGGAAUGGUGAGCAGCUGAGCGCUUUCUUUCGAAAAUUAAGCCGAGAAACGCCUUGACAUUUUCUUUAACAUUUAAAGGGACUUUAAGACAUCUCAAGCAAAUACGCAGCGGAUGGCCCGGUGGGAACCUGUCGUGGGACCUUCAUAAAAAGAGGGACAUCGGUCUGAACCUCUGAAUGAGUUAUGAACUUGAACCCCUUCUGGAGCAUGUCUACUAAUACAAGUCGUAAGCAGAGAUCUGACAACGAGGAACAGACCGGGCAUGGGGAGCAGAGAGCCAGCCCAGCCCGGCUGUCCUUCGGCAAAAAGCAGCUGCCCCCCAUUCCUAAGAAUGCGACCCCCAUUACCAAGCCUUCGUCAAUGGGGACUCCAGUCCAGUCAUCCAAUGGCACGCACGCCUCUUAUGGUCCUUUUUACCUGGAGUACUCUCUGCUGGCUGAGUUCACACUAGUGAUUAAGCAGAAGCUCCCUGGAAUUUAUGUCCAGCCAUCCUACAAGUCAGCACUAAUGUGGUUUGGAGUCAUAUUCAUCAGACAUGGCUUGUACCAGGAUGGUGUCUUCAAAUUCACUGUAUAUAUUCCAGAUAACUAUCCAGAUGGAGAGUGUCCAAAAUUAGUAUUUGACAUACCAGUCUUCCAUCCCCUUGUUGACCCUGUGUCUGGAGAACUUGAUGUCAGGAGAGCUUUUACCAAAUGGAGACGGAAUCACAACCACAUCUGGCAAGUCCUGAUGUACGCACGUACGGUUUUUUACAAGAUAAACACCACAGACCCACUCAACCCAGAGGCUGCUGUGCUAUAUGAGAAGGAUGUGCAGUUGUUCAAAAGCAAAGUGGUGGAUAGUGUGAAACUAUGCAACAGUCAUCUUUUUGACCAACCUAAGAUUGAUGAUCCCUACGCAAUAAGUUUUUCCCCAUGGAACCCAGCUGUACACGAAGAAGCAAAAGAGAGGAUGUUCACAUACAAAAGACGACCUGAGGAUCACCACAAGGGAACUCAGGCUUCAGGGUUGUCUUGGGUAAAGCCUGGCUCGACACAGCCCUUCAGCAAAGAGGACAAUCCUCCCCAGAGCUGAACCUGCACUGUCAACACAGUGGCCACUAGAGGGAGGCAGAAGGAUCAGAUGCCAUGCUGCCAGCUUGCAUCAGCCUCCGGUGUGAAUGUGGAUCUUUGAUAGUUGGGACAACUUUAUAUUAGCUCGUUACAUUUAUUGCUCGGCUUUAAAAGCUUUUGUAGGCAUCUCCUCCUCAAAGAGCUUUAGAAUAAGGAGACCAAGUUUGUAUCAUAUGUAAAUCAAUAAUGACAAAUGGAUGUGUCAACAUCAUUUAGGCUAUGAUGCAAUCAACAUGCGUUCUCAUUUUGGUUUUUUUUUUUUUUUUAUCCAUUCUCACAUUCAGUUAGGUUAUCACAUACAAUUCCAGAAGGCUGUGCAAGAUAUGAUCAAAAUUAUUUUCAUUCUUAUGGUAAGUACAGUGGAUUGUAUGAUCAAUAACACUUGUUGAAAUUGGCUCAGGACUGUAUUUGUCAGACUCGGAAUGUUUGGCCACAGCUGUGUCAGUGAAACACCCCAGUCAUAUCCUCCAAUACCCCGUCAGGCUGACAUUUGCUUUGUAUUUGUGUCUUAUUGGACAAUGAUUUAUUCUUUUCACUGCGUAAACUAUUGUCUUACAUGGCUCCUAAUAUUUAUGUAAAGCUGGGAGAGCAGAUAUGGUUUUAAAUAAGAUUCUAAGUAAGCAAGCUUAUGUAUUUUGUCAGAUUUUUUAAAUCAUUUUGAAUGUUUUAUAUAUAUAUAUAUCUAUCUAUCACUGGUUAUUACAGGUGUGACAUGUAAAUACUGGAUUCUAUGCUAAGGUUUGAUUUUUAAGAGACACAUUCAUUGAUGCAUUGGGAAUCUUUUGGUUUUCUUUGUAGAUAAUUGUAAAUUAUUCCCAAGUCAAGAAGUUAUUCUAGCAUUACAGAAGGCUGAAAGAAAAACACAUUUAUUUUGAUAAGGUUUAGUUAUUUAGAUUUACAUUCUGAGCAGCACAAUAUGACUGUAAUAUACUGGGGUACUUCAUAUAUUCUCUAGAUUCAGCCCAGUGUCAGUUUAAACUUGAAUUCUUCAUAUGAAGAGGGAUCUGGCUUGAUGGCCAUAUUUGCAAGUGGUGUUGGGAAAACUAGAUUUAAAAAUCUGUGGAAAUUCCACACAAGAAAUCAGCACAUUAGAACAGCAGAUGUGGUGAAACCUGUUUGAUCUGCUGUGAAGGGCAAAAGCGUAACAAAAUCUGCGUGCUUCACAUGAUGCCAUUCGGGCUGUUCACUGUUCAACUUCAGGUCUUGUUCUGUAUUGAACCAUUUCUUCUCGACUGCUUAGUUGAUAUGAAAUUAAAAUG